AUGAAACGGAGAAAGGUGUUACUAUUAGGGAAGAAGAGAGUUAUGGAGCUUUUAGUGCAUAUCAACAAAAGAAUUAAAAGUAGACCCAAGAUACAAUUACCCGUGGAAGCAUUGUUGCUGCAGUAUCAGGAUCCUGCAGCAGUCACAUUUGUUACUAAUUUUACCAUUUUGUACAUCAAGAUGGGCUAUCCUAGAAUGACAGUUGAAAAGCAGGCUGAACUUGCUCCAACACUCGUACAGUGUUUAGAAGGGAAGCCAAUGGCACAACAAGACAGUUUGUUGCAGUUAUUGAUACCUGCUCUGUACAAGGUCCAAUACCCACCUGAUGCUGAUAAAAGAAAGUGUAUGUUUGGUCUCAGUGAGAAACCAGCAACUGUGAAAAUGCUGCUGAAUUUUAUGAUGGAUUAUUUACUAUUACCGUAUACAUUUAGUUCAACACCCCAGGAUAGACCAACUACUGCUGCUGCACCUGAGCCUCCAGGAGCUGUAGGGGGACAGAGUAGAUCUAGACCAAGUUCUGCUCCAGCUGCUUCUACUGCUACUACUGUUCCUGGACUCAGUCAGAAUAAUGUCAAACAACUACUAGGAGAUACUAUUCCUAAUCCGGAACAUAUUGAAAAGAAUAAAGUUGGUGUGAUUGGUUUUCUUGGUGCUGAUAUUUUACCACCACAAGAUGUAGUUUGUCAUCUUAUAGUUGGUAGUUCUGAUUCUAGAUAUAGUGUUGCUACUGCUGCUGAUUUACAGUUAAAGAGUAUGCAAAGUGGUAUUGAUUGGAAUGAUAUUGUGAUAAUAAAAAAGAUGUACAGUAUAUUCCAAGGAUCUGUAGUUGUCAAGGGGCAGAAUCUCCAGAUAAAACCAGAAGACAGACGAAUGCCUGCCAGCACCAGAAUCAGAAUGAAACUGUUUCCAUUCUUAAUGAAAUCACGUGCUGUAGCUGAUGAGUUUCCUUCAUGUAUACAGAUUAUUUUUGAUUGUUUAUUUGGUACUAAUACCAAUGCUAAGUUGCGUAUAAAUGCAGUACAGUUUGUACACCAUGUGUGUGUCAGCUGCACUGAUGCCAAGGUAACACCAAUGGGACCAGUGCUCUUACUUGGUAUGAUGAAACUUAUUGCAGAGGCUAAAGAGGUGAGUUAGUUACUAG